GUGUUCGAUACAUUGGUCGACCUGGCUUCAGAACACGUCAUGCCGCUCAUGGAGUAUGUGCGUCGAACUUGGCUCGAGUCGGAUGUGUGGCCCGUGCACAGUUGGUCUGUGUACGGACGCUCUGUCCGUACAAACAACGACGUCGAAGGGUGGCACCGACGCCUCAACCACAAGGCCAACGACAGCUGCCCGCCGUUCUAUCUUCUGGCGAAGUUUUUGAACGAUGAGGCCGUCACCGCUGUCAGAAACGCGGAGCUUGUUUCGGAUAUGAAACUCCGCCGAUACCAGCGAGCAAGAUAUGCGACCCCUCAGGGGAAGACUUUCGCCCUGUGGAAGAGUUACAGAGAGGGCAACCACGUUCAGCUGCCUGUACAAGCCAUCUGUGAGUGUCACAGACGCCGUCGAGUAAUUGAACAAUGUGUUGAUCUGUGUGAACAAGUCUGUGGUCUUUGAAAACAAGUGUUGGUUCUGUUUCUGUUUUAAAUGUGAAACUUUGUUGCUGUACAUAAUCUAUGUCGGUAGUUGUAUUAAGUUUAAUAAAAGUUCUUGUGUUAAAUACAUGUAUG